AUGUGGGGUUCUCCGCCGCAGGGAUCAGUAAGGUGAGCGCUCCUGGGCCCCGACCGGGGUGAGAAACUUCUGAAAGCGGCAGCGUUGGUUGGUUUUGUUUUGUUUUGCUUUGACUUUUAAAUCAGUUUUAUGGCGGCGUUUUUAAAAGGUUAGAGCAGACCGAAGUUAUCUCACUUAAAGUCCGGAAUUAAUCACCGUCUUCUAUAAGACCAGGGGUCCCAGUUGCCACCACUUCCUUCCCUCCCCACCCGGCUUUAAAAACAAAACGGCGCAGCCUCCUCAAUUAUUGCCUUCAUCACUCUAGAUUUUUAAGGAGGGGGAGGAGCUGCGUGAUGAAUAGAAAGUCUACUGAUAAUGAUCUCCUGUUCCCAAUGUCUAAGAAGAUUGAAAUCAAUACAAGGACUUCUGAUCUAAGAAUCUGGUGAGAGUGAAAGAACCCUGGUUUGAGAGAAAAGCUAAUGUCUGUAUGAAGAAACUUGGGAAGAGGGCAAUUUGAGCAUGUUGUCUAGUGUUACUUCAGAAUGUUAUAACUUAACACCACCUCCUCACCCCUCAAGUACUGCACUUUUUCAAGAGAAAACGGGAAAUCUGCGCCAGUUAUUCAAAUACGAGUUUGGAGAUGAGAAACUUUAUAUUUGUCAUACAAAGCUGGCAGACAGAUACCCUCAGAGCUGCCAAAUGCUGUUAAAUCAACUGAGAGAAAUCACAGGCAUUCAGGACCCUUCAUUUCUCCAUGAAGCUCUGAAGGCCAGUAAUGGGGACAUUACUCAGGCAGUGAGCCUUCUCACUGAUGAGAGAGUUAAGGAGCCCAGUCAAGACACUGUUGCUACAGAACCUUCUGAAGUAGAGGGGAGUGCUGCCAACAAGGAAGUAUUAGCAAAAGUGAUAGACCUUACUCAUGAUAACAAAGAUGAUCUUCAGGCUGCCAUUGCUUUGAGUCUACUGGAGUCCCCCAAAAUUCAAGCUGAUGGAAGAGAUCUUAACAGGAUGCACGAAGCAACCUCUGCAGAAACUAAACGCUCAAAGAGAAAACGCUGCGAAGUCUGGGGAGAAAACCCCAAUCCCAAUGACUGGAGGAGAGUUGAUGGUUGGCCAGUUGGGCUGAAAAAUGUUGGCAAUACGUGUUGGUUUAGUGCUGUUAUUCAGUCUCUCUUUCAAUUGCCUGAAUUUCGAAGACUUGUUCUCAGUUAUAGUCUGCCACAAAAUGUACUUGAAAAUUGUCGAAGUCAUACAGAAAAGAGAAAUAUCAUGUUUAUGCAAGAGCUUCAGUAUUUGUUUGCUCUAAUGAUGGGAUCAAAUAGAAAAUUUGUAGACCCGUCUGCAGCCCUGGAUCUAUUAAAGGGAGCAUUCCGAUCAUCUGAGGAACAGCAGCAAGAUGUGAGUGAAUUCACACACAAGCUCCUGGAUUGGCUAGAGGACGCAUUCCAGCUAGCUGUUAAUGUUAACAGUCCCAGGAACAAAUCUGAAAAUCCAAUGGUGCAGCUGUUCUAUGGUACUUUCCUGACUGAAGGGGUUCGUGAAGGAAAACCCUUUUGUAACAAUGAGACCUUCGGCCAGUAUCCUCUUCAGGUAAACGGUUAUCGCAACUUAGACGAGUGUUUGGAAGGGGCCAUGGUGGAGGGUGAUGUUGAGCUUCUUCCCUCCGAUCACUCAGUGAAGUAUGGACAAGAGCGUUGGUUUACAAAGCUACCUCCAGUGUUGACCUUUGAACUCUCAAGAUUUGAGUUUAAUCAGUCCCUUGGGCAGCCAGAGAAAAUUCACAAUAAGCUGGAAUUUCCUCAGAUUAUUUAUAUGGACAGGUACAUGUACAGGAGCAAGGAGCUUAUUCGAAAUAAGAGAGAGUGUAUUCGAAAGUUGAAGGAGGAAAUAAAAAUUCUGCAGCAAAAAUUGGAAAGGUAUGUGAAAUAUGGCUCAGGCCCAGCUCGGUUCCCGCUCCCGGACAUGCUGAAAUAUGUUAUUGAAUUUGCUAGUACAAAACCUGCCUCAGAAAGCUGUCCACCUGAAAGUGACACACACAUGACAUUACCACUUUCUUCAGUGCACUGCCCGGUUUCUGACCAGACAUCCAAGGAAAGUACAAGUACAGAAAGCUCUUCUCAGGAUGUUGAAAGUACCUUUUCUUCUCCUGAAGAUUCUUUACACAAGUCUAAACCACUGACAUCUUCUCGGUCUUCCAUGGAAAUGCCUUCACAGCCAGCUCCACGAACAGUCACAGAUGAGGAGAUAAAUUUUGUUAAGACCUGUCUUCAGAGGUGGAGGAGUGAGAUUGAACAAGAUAUACAAGAUUUAAAGAAUUGUAUUGCAAGUACUACUCAGACUAUUGAACAGAUGUACUGCGAUCCUCUCCUUCGUCAGGUGCCUUAUCGCUUGCAUGCAGUUCUUGUUCAUGAAGGACAAGCAAAUGCUGGACACUAUUGGGCCUAUAUCUAUAAUCAACCCCGACAGAGCUGGCUCAAGUACAAUGACAUCUCUGUUACCGAAUCUUCCUGGGAAGAAGUUGAAAGAGAUUCCUAUGGAGGCCUGAGAAAUGUUAGUGCUUACUGUCUGAUGUACAUUAAUGACAAACUACCCUACUUCAAUGCAGAGGCAGUCCCAAAUGAAUCAGAUCAAAUGUCAGAAGUGGAAGCCCUAUCUGUGGAACUCAAGCAUUACAUUCAGGAGGAUAACUGGCGGUUUGAGCAGGAAGUAGAGGAGUGGGAAGAAGAGCAGUCUUGCAAAAUCCCUCAAAUGGAGUCCUCCACCAACUCCUCAUCACAGGACUUCUCUACAUCACAAGAGCCUUCAGUAGCCUCUUCUCAUGGGGUUCGCUGCUUGUCAUCUGAGCAUGCUGUGAUUGUAAAGGAGCAAACUGCCCAGGCUAUUGCAAACACAGCCCGUGCCUAUGAGAAGAGCGGUGUAGAAGCGGCGCUGAGUAAGCUUAAAGAAGCUGAACCCAAGAAGCCCAUGCCCCAGGAAACAAACCUUGCAGAGCAGUCAGAACAGCCCCCAAAGGCUAAUGAUGCAGAGUCUACUGCCCAGCCUAAUUCUGAGGUCUCUGAAGUCGAGAUUCCCAGUGUGGGAAGGAUUCUGGUUAGAUCUGAUGCAGAUGGAUAUGAUGAGGAGGUGAUGCUGAGCCCUGCCAUGCAAGGGGUCAUCCUGGCCAUAGCUAAAGCCCGUCAGACCUUUGACCGAGAUGGGUCUGAAGCAGGGCUGAUUAAGGCAUUCCAUGAAGAAUACUCCAGGCUCUAUCAGCUUGCCAAAGAGACCCCCACCUCUCACAGUGAUCCUCGACUUCAGCAUGUCCUUGUCUACUUUUUCCAAAAUGAAGCACCCAAAAGGGUAGUAGAACGAACCCUUCUGGAACAGUUUGCAGAUAAAAAUCUUAGCUAUGAUGAAAGAUCAAUCAGCAUUAUGAAGGUGGCUCAAGCGAAACUGAAGGAAAUUGGUCCAGAUGACAUGAAUAUGGAAGAGUACAAGAAGUGGCAUGAAGAUUAUAGUUUGUUCCGAAAAGUGUCUGUGUAUCUCCUAACAGGCCUAGAACUCUAUCAAAAAGGAAAGUACCAAGAGGCACUUUCCUACCUGGUAUAUGCCUACCAGAGCAAUGCUGCCUUGCUGAUGAAGGGGCCCCGCCGGGGGGUCAAAGAAUCUGUGAUUGCUUUAUACCGAAGAAAAUGCCUUCUGGAGCUGAAUGCCAAAGCAGCUUCUCUCUUUGAAACAAAUGAUGAUCACUCUGUAACUGAGGGCAUUAAUGUGAUGAAUGAACUGAUCAUCCCCUGCAUUCACCUUAUCAUUAAUAAUGACAUUUCCAAGGAUGACCUGGAUGCCAUUGAGGUCAUGAGAAACCAUUGGUGCUCUUACCUUGGGCAAGAUAUUGCAGAAAAUCUGCAGCUGUGCCUAGGGGAGUUUCUACCCAGACUACUAGAUCCUUCUGCAGAAAUCAUCGUCUUGAAGGAGCCUCCAACUAUUCGACCCAAUUCUCCUUAUGACCUAUGUAGCCGAUUUGCAGCUGUCAUGGAGUCAAUUCAAGGAGUUUCAACUGUGACAGUGAAAUAAGCUCCCACAUGUUCAAGGCCCAUUCUGGUUUCUGGCUGCCUGCCUCUUGCACAGAGUUCGUUGUCAUAGUGCUCACCUUGGGAAAAGGAUUAGGUGGGCACAUAAGAUUCCAAUUCAGACCCCAACCAUGCUGCAUGGGUAAAGAAGGAUUGAAAAUAAAAUUGCACUUUUUAGGUA